GAAGAAGAAGAACUGCAUCUGACGGAUGAUUUCUACGUCAUCACGUCCGCACAGCGAGGGAAAUCCAAACCGAAACCUGAAAGGUUGUUUGUAAUAUUUUCUUGCUGCGGGAAAGUUCCACGUCCAAAAAGUGGUUCAAAGUGUCAAAAUGCAGAGAGCUUCUCGUUUAAAGCGUGAACUUCAGAUGCUGAGCACCGAGCCUCCUCCUGGGAUAACAUGCUGGCAAAACGACGAGCAGAUUGACGACCUCCGCGCACAGAUAGUGGGUGGAUCAGGAACUCCAUAUGAAGGUGGACUCUUUUCCUUGGAGAUCAAAGUGCCAGAAAGGUAUCCAUUUGAGCCUCCAAAUAUAAGAUUCUUGACGCCAAUCUACCACCCCAACAUAGAUAACUCGGGGCGCAUCUGUCACGAUGCUCUUAAACUUCCACCAAAGGGUGCCUGGAGACCGUCUUUGAACAUCUCCACGGUCCUCACCUCCAUUCAGCUGCUUAUGGCUGAGCCCAAUCCAGAUGACCCAUUAAUGGCCGAUAUAUCAUCUGAGUUUAAAUACAACAAACAGGUGUAUCUGGAAAAAGCCAGGAAGGUCACACAGGAACAUGCAGUUCAGAAAACCGCUAGAGUUGUGGAGGAGAAUAAGGAAAACACUCCGGUUCCAAAACCAUCAUCGCUGAAGAGAGACUUGCAGCAGGGACCAGCAGGAGAUCCACCUAAGAGAACUUGCACAUAGUUUUUAUUUCACACUAAAAUUCUGUUUGGCACACCAAUUAUUUCUUAGAAAUAAAUUUUAAUUUAGACAUCAUCCAUUUGUGUAUGUAAAUAAAUUGAUGUUUGUCAAUCUGCACAUUUGUAAGAUUGCUGUAAAUGUUUGUGUUGUCAUAUUAAAGUGUGAAUGCAUGGCC